AUGAAGCCCAUUUCCGUUCUCUUCUUGGCUGGCCUUGCCGCUGCAGCUGUCACGGAUGGCGGGUUAAUCGCUACCCGCGACGAAAUCGCUCGAGACCUGGAAGCCAUCACAGACAGCCAGAAUCUUGUCGACAGAGACGAACAAGAUAGCUCUUUACACCCAUUCUCUAUUGAGGAUAGGGCAGAGGAGGAUGAUGAGAGUGAUCUCACCACUCGUGACCUUGACGAGGCUGCCUCUUUGGACGAGCUGGUAGCACGCCAGGCCAACAGCACUGGUGGAGGUGACAAGAAAAACAUUGGGGAAAAGAAGGAGAACAAGAAAGACAAAUGCGAAGGUUGCACCAAAGGGAAGAAGAAGGGCAAAGAUGCCAACGGCAAAGUAUGCAGAUGCAAGAAGAAGAGCGCCGCCAAGAACGGCGAGAAGAAGAACAAUGGUACAGCCACGGACACCGGAAAGGGCAAGAAUGACGACGGAAAGAAGAAGAACGGCAAGAACACCAAGGACGAGAAGAAGAAUAACAGCGGCAAGGCAGAUGGAAAUGCUAACGCCGGCGCCAACAAUAAGGACAGCAGCAAGGAUGGAGAGAAGAAGGCAAAAGCAAAUACCGAUACGAACACGGGCAAGGAGACCGACACGGGAAACCAAGCUGGAAACAAGAACGACGGUACGGCGGCUGACGGCGGGAAAAAUGAGAAUGGAGCCACCGGCCAAUAA